CCCGCCCCCUCCUGUCGGAGCAGCGCGUGCGGCCCGGCUGGCUGCCUGCACAGCUGUCCGCUCGGCUCUCUGGCUCGGGUGCUGCUGGCUCGCGCCUCGCCUGUUACCCGCACGGACAAGGGCUGCGCUCGUGCCCCCGCUCCCCGCCAUGAGCCCCGAGGAGAAGCCCCCGCCGGGCCGCUCCCGCGGGAGCCGGGCGCCACCGUCGCAACCUCCCUGUGGCCGGGGCCGCCGGCGGGGCGGCUUCCUGAGCGAGAUCCGCACCGCGAUCCGCACUGAGCCCUUCCAGGAGCGCUACAGCCUCAGCCCCGGCAGGGAGCUCGGCAGAGGGAAGUUUGCAGUGGUGAAGAAGUGUGUCAAGAAAGAUACAGAAAAGGAGUUUGCAGCCAAAUUCAUGCGAAAAAGAAGAAAGGGCCAAGACUGUCGAAUGGAAAUAAUCCAUGAGAUAGCUGUCCUUGAGUUGGCACAAUGCAACCUUUGGGUCAUUAAUUUACAUGAAGUUUAUGAGACUGCAACAGAGAUUAUCUUAGUUCUGGAAUAUGCUGCUGGAGGUGAAAUCUUUGACCAGUGUGUGGCUGAAAGGGAAGAAGCCUUCAAAGAAAAAGAUGUUAAGCGGCUUAUGAGGCAGAUUUUAGAAGGAGUUUCAUUUUUACACAGAAAUAAUGUGGUACAUCUUGACUUGAAGCCCCAGAAUAUUCUGCUAACUAGUGAAUCUCCUUUGGGAGACAUUAAGAUAGUUGAUUUUGGCCUUUCCAGAAUACUGAAAAGCAGUGAAGAGCUAAGAGAAAUUAUGGGAACUCCUGAAUAUGUGGCGCCUGAAGUUCUGAGUUAUGACCCAAUCAGUACAGCAACAGACAUGUGGAGCAUUGGAGUACUAGCAUAUGUCAUGCUAACAGGGAUAUCGCCUUUCUUGGGAGAUGAUAAACAAGAAACAUUCUUAAAUAUAGCACAAAUGAACAUAAAUUAUUCUGAGGAAGAUUUUGACCUUAUAUCAGAGUCUGCUGUGGAUUUCAUCAAAACCCUUUUGGUUAAGAAACCUGAGGAACGGGCAACAGCUGAAGAAUGUCUGCAACACCCAUGGCUAGCACAAAGUGAUAUUCCAGACCCUGUGUGUAGCAUUAAGAGUACAGCAGAUGAGGUAAAUACUGUCAUCCAAAAAGAUGGAGAUUCUGCCUCUGAAAAUUCUACGGAUGCUGAGAAAACUGAAGGAGAGGAAUCAAUAGUGACAGAGGAACUAAUUGUAGUGGCUUCGUAUACACUGGGACAAUGUAGGCAGUCAGAAAAAGAAAAAAUAACUGAGCAGAAAGCCAUUUCCAAACGAUUUAAAUUUGAAGAACCAUUGCUGCAAGAAAUACCAGGAGAAUUCAUUUACUGAACUGUAUGGGACUUUGUAGCUGUAACUUAAAGGGAAUCAUUCCUACAAAAAAAAAGUUCACGUCCAAGUGAAUCUCGCCUUGAUGUGCAACAAACUUUCUAGGUAAAAAGAAAAAUGUUGAUAAAAGGCAGCUAAGAAAACUAUGCCAAGCUUUUAACUUCAUAGGAUGCUUAAACAAGAUUUCCAAGAUGGCUGACAAGAGUGCAACAGCAAUAAUGGCUUACUUUCUGUUAGGGAAGGUGGGGAGUUUAUACUGUUCUUGAUAUUUGAUUCAUUCAAACGUUGUCUUCAGAUAGUAGGGAAUACUUACUAGCUGUUCAUGUUUUGGAGAAGCUGAUGGUAUGAGGAGUUUCAUCAAUGACAAAAGAAAUGCUAAAAGAUUUUUUUUAUUAAUUUUCCAUUAGAUGUAAAUACACAAGGCCCCGAUUUGCCUUUGACAUUCCUUUUUACAUUGAUAUAACCCAGUGAUUUCAGUGGCUAAGUUCUGAUUAAGAAUAGUGUCAGAAGAGUCAGGCCAACUGAAUCUACACUCAAUUUUUUUUUUUAAUUCUGAAUUUUGGAGUUGGGGUUCUCCUGGAAGAGUCAUUGUUGUGACUUCUUCUCAUUCCUCUAAUUGCCGUCUGUGGAGGAGAGAAAGUCCGUAGACUCAGUUGACCCCUUUCUAUUUACCCAUCAGCUGAGGAAGGAACUCCCUAUUACCUAAAUAGAAUAAAUUGAGGUCUGGGAAGCACCUAUCCUUCAGAUACCAGGAUAAGGUGGUAUAUCUAUGACUGGACAAAAUGUAGGAUUGGGCAGCUGUAUAGAUGUGACACAGUUGUCAGUGAGGAUGGUCCCUCUUUAGGAUAAUUUAGGGACCAACUGGGCAGCAAACUUCUGACAGGUUCUGUGAUUUACAGAUGCCAGGACCUCAGAUUGAGCCCUUAGUUUUCUGAGAUGUUUCAAAAUCAAUGCAGUUCCAGUUCCAAAGUUCCAUUUUUGUGUAAUUGAAGUUACUGCUAUUAUCUCAUGUACUGUUAACUGUUCAACUAUUUAUUUUGUUUCCCCAUGUUAGUCAAUUCCUUGAUAAUAAAUCCUUUAUAAAGUUUUCUUGCUGUGACACCACAAAUAGGAACUCUGCUAAAUUAGAUUCUUCUUCACUUCCACAAUACUCCUAUGAGAGUAGAAAAAAAAUUGAACACAAACCAGAAUGUGCUUACCAUUUAAUUCUUUGGUACUACCAACCCAGAGUUCCCAGUUCUAAGUGCUAAUCCUGAAAAUUCUAUCUUCACACAAAAGAUAAAUGGUAGUUUACUAAUAAGCACAAGUAGGUUUCGUUAUAAAUGUUUCUCUGAGCUAGCUGUUAAUGUGGUUGUAAUAAAGCAGGGAAGAGAUGUUACAAACAUCUAGAAGAAAACGGCAUGAAAAGCAGUGUGACAUAGAGCGAGAAGCUGUAUGUCUCUUUCCUUAAUGGCGCCGAGCCAGCAGUUGGUCUGAUUGCUUUCAGCUGAAGCCACAUCAGGAAAAUUGCAUCUAUAAACUACUAUAUUCCAUCAUACUUAGCUUGCUUUGUCCCUGCUGAAUUAUAAACUGAAUAUUCAUGUAGAUAGGGCAGCAUCUCAUUCCGUGAAGACCUUUCAUUUAAUGUACAGUAGUUGUGUACUCAAAACUGAUCCAAACUGAAUAACUUAUUCAUAUUGUAACAGUCAGGUGAUUGAUUUGUUUGAAGCAUUUAGAGUUGUACAUUUGUUACAUUAAGAUUACUCCUCCUGCAGACAAUACCCAUCAAGCUUUUAUAUCAUCAGAGUUAAGCUUUCAAGCAAGAUUUUGGAUAGCUAUGGAAAAACUAAUAAUAAAAACAAAGUUCUAACAAAGGAAGGUUACUUGUGUCCUAGCCUACAUUCUAGAUUUGUCUUUCUAGACUAUGGAAAUGACCAGCAGUGGUCAGAUUAUGGCAUGUUAUUUGGUGAACUCAGUGCUGAUCCCCAUCAAACAUUAUUGCAUGGAUUCAGGAGCUGAAGUUCUUUCUCAGUAUCUCUUGUUCUUACACUUGGAUCACUUGACCAAAGCAGCUGCGUUGGUCAGGAUAUGUCAACUCUCAAAACUCACAUCAAGCACAACUAAAAUGACAAUUUCUGACCCACACCCAUAGUAUCUGGGGAAAAUUUAACUAUUUUUUUACACUUCCUUGACUAACACAAACUGAGCAGUAAGACUGGGAUGUUUGAACAUAUGCUUAUACUGUAAAUCUACACUGUCUAAAAUAGAAGAUACUGAAGAGGGAACAUCUGACUUUGCCAUGUUCAGAUAUCUGAAUACCAACUAACAGUUUGUAAUUUCCGUUCAUGGUAUUUCAUUACGUAAUCAUUUGACGCAGGACCCUUAAAACUAUUUUAAUUCCUGCGUGUAACUAUACAGUAGGCUGGUUAAUAGCAGAUUUUCAGUAAUGCAGGUCAAGGAGAGAUAUUGAGCUGCAUAUCUUUUGUCCUAUGCCUUUUAGUUUCUAUUGUAUGGUAGUGAAACUUGAAAACAUAUUUAAACUAAAUGAGUUAUAAUGUUUGUUACAAGGCCAGCUUCCUUUGAAUUGGCUGCUUUGAGAUUUCCAAUGUGCUGCAUUUUUUUGUUAACUUUUUGUGCCUUAAGGUGGAUUUGUACAAUACUUUUUAAAGUCAUUCUGAAUUUGUAUAGAUUUAUGUAAAAGUUUUAGUUUGUAAGUUAUAAACAAAGCAUGUUAAGUUGGUCUAUAUAAUGGAAAAAAUAAAGUUUCUAUUAAUGUAUUAUUGAAGGGCUGCGAGCCAGUUCCACACACAGCUGAAGCUUUCAUAGUUAUUUCCAUUCCAUUGUAAAUAUGUACAGCUGUAACUGAAGUAUUGCUAGUUCUAAGGCAUAGAAGGAUCUAUUCAGUUUAUUUGGUAUUAAUAGUGUGUAUUUCAGAGACUCACUAUGACAAGGUACAAAUUUGAAAAAACUAAGCAAAGUUUCAGGUCUCUAAAAUGGAAUGGGGACUGCAGCUCCAGUCCAAAGAAUCAACUUAUUUCUACAGGUCAGUGAUGUGUUCUCAUGCUAAGUAUUUCAGCAGCUUCCUAGGGGACAGGUACCAUGGUGUUGCCUGGAUAAAUUUUGUAGCAUACUAACCAUUGGGCUGCCUGGAGGGACAGAAGGAAGUGUUGGAAAACAAAUAGCUUAGUUGACUUCUAGAAAUGUAGAUAAUGCUUAGCAAUUUUAGGUCUCUGGUAUUAGAGACCUGCACUGAUAUUCUGGUCUGUUCUGCCAUAUAGUAAGUACUGUGUAUGCUAUAUAAUAAACAGUAAAAGGUAAUAGUGGCAUAAAGGAACUGGAGCAUGGCUGGAAUAAGCCACAGAGAGCACAUAGCAGUGUUAGCUGGUUCUAGAACAGACUUCAGAGAUACAGCACUAUGUCUCUACUUGUCUUCUGUAAUUACAGCAUUUGUACAGAAUUAUAGCCAUUAAACACAGAAAAGACCUAAUUAGAUAAUCUUCUGCUGGCCAGUGCAAGAUUGUUACAAUAAAUCUGAUAAGUCCAGGCUUUUUAAAUUACUAGCUCUUGGCAUAUUCUCAUCUUCCAACCAAGGAUCCCAACACUUUAUAAACAUUAGUGAAUUUUAGCUUCUUCAUAACUCAUGAGUUGCGUGAGCCUUGCACCCAUUUUAUAGAUAGGGAAAGAGAGACCGAAGUUAAGUGAAUUGCCCAUUCUCUCAUAAAGACACUGACAGAAUUGGAAAUAGAACCCAGACUGCCUAACUAAUAUGUACAGGAACUAGAGGUGCUGCUGGACACCCUGGCUUGAAGUGGUUUCCAUGACAUACAGGGUUUACAGUUUGGGUCAAUGGCUCUCAGUAUCCCCACUUUAAAAGUUGUUCCAGCACCCCGGCCUCACUUCCAGUCCUGUGUCCUAGUGUCAAGAUUUUUUCCACAGUGACUUAGCCAAAGAGGCGCCUAUUAGGAGUAUGUAUUGUGCCUUUAAGAGCAGAGCACACACUAGGAAGAACCAGUUGGAUGCAGUCAAGUCAGCUUCGCCAGAUACCUAGCUAGGAGCACAUGACUCUCCUUUGUCUUAUGUAACUCUGUUUUAGUUCUAAUAAAGCCUUACUUCUAAGA